CCAAGAAGGUCCGCGGCGUCCAGUGGCUGAGUGGGGAUCGCCGCUCGUUUCGCAGCGUCCAGAAGAAGUUAAAAGCAAACAGAACUAAACAUUUGCACGUCGAAAUCAACGAAACGCACGCCUCGCGAGUGUCGGCGAGCCGCAAGGAGUCUGCUGCUGUUGUUGUUUCUUUCUCCAGUGGCUUUUGCGAGGUGACAGCGGCCAGAGUUGCGAGGAGCCGGACUUCAAAGAGGGCCCCCCCCAGGGCUGGUGCGAUCACAGGCCUCUGGCGCAGCUGCAGAGAUGUCCGAGUUGAGUUUUGCCGAGAAGGCAGAGGAGGUGACGCGUGAGGAGUGGCUGGAGCGCGUUUCCAAUGCCCAUAUCCAGCGCGCUGACAUGAAUCGCCUCAUCAUGAACUACCUGGUCACAGAGGGCUUCAAGGAGGCAGCGGAGAAGUUCCGUGUGGAAUCGGGCAUCGAACCGGGUACAGACCUCGACUCGCUGGACGAGCGCAUCAAGAUCCGGGACGUCAUCCUCAACGGCCGCAUCCAGGAAGCCAUUGGCCUCAUCAAUAGUCUGCACCCCGAGCUGCUAGACACCAACCGCUACCUCUACUUCCACCUGCAGCAGCAGCAUCUGAUCGAGCUGAUCCGCGAGCGGCAGACGGAGGCUGCGCUGGAGUUUGCACAGACGCAGCUAGCGGAGCGUGGCGAGGAGAGCAGUGAGUGCCUCCUGGAGAUGGAGCGCACGCUCGCCCUGCUCGCCUUCGACAGCCCAGAGGAGUCGCCCUUUGGCGAGCUCCUUCAUCCCUCGCAGAGACAGAAGGUUUGGAGCGAGGUAAAUGCUGCCGUGCUUGACUGCGAGAAUCAGGACUCGACGCCCAAGCUGGCCAAGCUGCUCAAGCACUUGCUGUGGGCCCAGAACGAGCUGGACCAGAAGAAAGCAAAGUACCCGCGCAUGACCGACCUGGGCAAAGGCACCAUAGAGGACUUCAAGUGAAACAGCGCCCCCUCUACUCACUCGGCCUUCUGCGUGCUUGCCAACUCGCUUGCUCCCCUCCUACUUUCUACAGAAUUCUCCAAUGCCAACUACGCCGAGCCAGAACCACUCUCGUCCUCCCUUCAUGUUUCCUCGAUUCAUACAAGGUGUGGAUUUGUUGUUUUUUUGGUUUCAGUUCGGUUGGAUAUACCUUGCUUUUGUUUGGUUUAUACUAAACAAUAGGGGCUGACUGCACGAGAAUAUUGGCCACCGGAAUAAGGGGCUAUGCGCGAGUGAAUUGUCUUGGCUAUGGAAACACAUGCAGCUGUUGAGAAGGUAUAGGCGACUUAACCUUUGACUGUCAUGUUGCCUAUUUGAUAAGGGUUAGGGAGAGUGACUUAAUCGACGCUGGGCCAGACCGGCGUCUGGCUCGGUUUGCUGUAAUCUGCGUAUGCGUUACUUCACUCUUGUAAUGUACAGAAUCGUCGGUAAGUUAUUUUCAUCGUGAUUGCUCAUCAGCGACCUGCAAGAAAAGAAAGAUGUUUUCUUUCGGUGAAAUGUGCAUGUAAUUUUCCACGGUUUUGUCAACAAAAGGCAAAGUUUGUUUAGCAUUUUCAGUGGUCGUUAACGAUGGUUGACAGAAUUUGUUUGCAGUGAUGCAUUGGCUUUAGUUUUAGAUCCCUUUGUAAUCUUACUUCGUUAAUUUUCAAUGGCAGCGUUUGUAAAGAGCAGGAAAGCUCGCGGUUUGAUCUCCACACACAUGCUGCAUGCUAGCCACAUUUCUGGCAUUUCACCCAACCAGGCAAAUGUUAAGGCAUUCUGCUAACAUGCCACUUUUGUGCUUCACAAACAGGAAAUCGUGGGAGCCUUUAUUUUGGUCCAUGAGCAUUAGAGUAAUUGAACAACAAUGAUUAUUAUUCCUUUACACCGGGUUGUUUACGAUGUUUCACGUUGAUCAUUUUGUAAGAUGUGGUAAGUGCCAGUUUGGGAGGCAAAGGCUGAGGAAUCACCAUGGAUGCAUAAGAACAUGCUCAAGUUGCUGUGCUGGCAUUCAGUACCUGUUGUAUAUUAUUGUAACAAAUGGUAGGCGUGUCUGGGAAAACUUUGGCAGUGUUCACUUUAGUUUCCAUCGCUACUUGUUUUGACGGACAGCUGCCAUCAGACAAUGUAUGUUUUUUCCUUAACAGUAUUUGGGCAGCAUCUCCUUUAAAGCAUACAAAAUAUAACUAAGUACAAUUACCUCGUUAUUCAAACAAGCAUUGGGGCAUUUUAACACGUAGGCUUUCGCGAACAAUACCAUCCAUAAUAUAGUUUUUUUUUGGGUUAGAUCGCAUAAAUAUAAAUGUGUCGUUAAACCCGCCGCCACCACCAGACAGACAAUUGUUUGUCACGUAAACAGAACAUGCCAAUUCGUUACUAUUGGGGCAAUGUUUAUCUCCAUUGUAAACCAGUGGGAGAAAUUAUUUAUUCCCAUGGCAGAGGCCAUUUAGCCAUAGGAUGACGACUCUUGACUUCCCACAAAGCCUUAUACAUUUAUUUUCCCCAGAGGGAUGCUGGUAUAGAGUCAUUCCUCUGACCCCAGGAUUUGAAUUCACAACGUUACUACUCGUCAGGUGCUUUAAUCACCGUGCCACCCCAUUGGAUACAAAUGCUGUACAUGGCUUAAAAUGUCGUUUUGAAUCCUUAGUUAAUACAAUUGCAGGAUUUAGGCUAACUUUCCACAUGCUUGUGUGCAGAUGCUGCACCUCCAUAGCAAAUUACGACAGCUCAACGCCCCUCUUCCUGCCACAUCAAUUUAACUAAAAGCAAUGGGUGAUGUCCUCAAAUGUGUCAGAGCGGGGAGGAGUUAAUCCCCCUCAUGUUAUUUUGAAAGUGCAGAGAGAAAUGCAAUAGUUUUCAAUUGGCAAUAAUCGUCAGGUAUCGUAGGGCGGUUUAGAGGUAAACUAAAUGUGUUUCACCGUUGAAGGCUGCAGGCUCUCCAGAUUUUCUGUUACGGUGUCUUUAUUGAUCCCUGGGACACUGCCAUGGUGUAAAUAUAUACUGCACCCGCUGUGGUCAUGUAAUGAUUGAUCAAUUAAAAUGCAUUGUUAUGUGCAAGAUGCAUACAUCAAAUCGUGCUUUCAAGAAUCUGUUAUUACAUAUCAAUUCAAAUAUGGAAUAAAAAAUGCAUAUGUUACCUUGAAGACAAUGGAACGAACAGAACAAAUUAAACAUGGUACAAAUAAAAUGGACUACAAUUAAGACAGAACAACAAAUACAAAUUGUACAUCUUUAAUUGAAAGAAAUAACCUUGAAAUCGGGGAAAUUCAAUGAAUCACAAGUGCUUGGGGAUACUCAUGUCGAACCUGAUUAGGAUCUCCUGCAAUGAUGUUCAGUUCAAUUUGGGGGUAAAGAGAUUAGUAGGUGGUGUGGGAUGUAACAUCUAAAAGGAAACCCGAGCUGGAGUUUGGACUCCUCAAACUAGAGCCUGGAUUCUGCCCUGGUCCUGAUAAACUUGUUCGGCUGUCUGCUCAUUCGGGCUAAUUCCUAGACUUGUCACGUGAAACUAUGAGGCAGGGUUGGAUCAGCGUUAAAUGGCCAUUUGCCAGGUUGGCCAGACAUAAAAUUGAGCUGUCUCAGCUGUUAAACUAAAAUCUCCUGAUUACUAUUUCCUAAUUUAUUAAAACAAUGUGCUACUCGGCAUAGAAGCCAUGGUUGCCUUCUAUCACAUGGAUUGUUACAUUUUCUUGUAGGUUUACCUGUGUUCACAGCAUCUCAAACAGAGAAAGCAACUGGGAUAUCUUGCUGCAUCUUGUUACUCCCAGAAAACAACUGCUACGUAAAAAUGUGCUCCUGGUCAACUUUGGUGGGACUCGCAAGCAUGGGCAAACCUUGAGACUCCUGCAGGACAGCUGAUCUGCAUGGAUUGCACGACUAACUACAAAUAACAUGAACAGGUUUUCGUAGGGAGGUAUAGAGCACAGACAGUUUGGACCAGCUGAGCUCAAAUAAACUAAGGUUGACAGAAAGAGGGGAAAAUGACCUACAUUAAUGGCAUCAAGAACAACUGUGCAGGCAGCAGUAGAGAAACAUCCAUGUCGAGUAACACUUGCAAGCCCGUGUCCGCUCUGCUGACACGGAGUUCACACAAAUGUGGAUGAAGAGCGAAACCCCAAUUCUCCUUGAUUCAAUGGGACUUUCAUUAGAGCAGGGCAGCAAUGGCUGGCCCAAGGGUGGUGCAGAGCAGUAUCCACAGCCAAGAGGAUAUGGAAGGAAACUGGUGGGUAAAUGUGGGUAAGCUUCACGAGUCUGGAAUGGGAGCAGAUGGAACCCCCACCCAGCCCCAGGGGCUGGGAGUUUGCCGUAAUGACGCCGCUGAAAGAGCAUGUCGUGAACUCUUGGGUUCAUUUAAAAACUUCCAGAGUCCUGGAUACUCUCUCAAGACCCCAGACGAAACCUGUUACUCCUGGAGCAUUGAGGCCAGAUUGGCUCCAGCUUGCGUCUUCCAGGAAGAUGCAAUCCCAAUAUCAAAUGGCGCAUUUCUUUUGGAUACGCACUUAGGUAUUGUCCCAGGCUGCACGGCAUGGGGUUAAAUGGUUGAGGGAAAAAUGAAUGAGGUCUAACUGAAGCACAAUCUAAAUACCUUGUUGCAGUGUCCAUCUCAGAAUUGUAUGGAUAGCUCUCGAUCGAUUUGAAGUAUUUUCUCAUUAUUAAACCGAAACCGUAUAGACAGACCAGAGCAAAAGCUUGGGGUGUAGCUUUAAGAGCAGUUUUGUUUUUUGGUGUAAAAUCUUCCUAUAAAUCAGCUGCCUCUUGCCAGAAGUUGAGGAGAACUGUGGUACCUCAAUUUUAGGUCCAUGUGAUGAGACAUGCCCAGUUUCCUCCUUGUCCAGUCCAGACCCAAUUAGGGUCCCCAUUUAUAAUUCCUAAAGGCUAAAAUUUGCCUUGACAGUUGUUCAGGGUUAGUGUAUUCACAUCCACAUUUUUUGGAUUCUGCAGCUUCCCUGCUUUGAUUUGGUAGUUUUGUUUUUACCAAAUGCAUAUAUAGCCCAAAAUGUAAAAACGUAUUUUUGGUUGUUUAUUUUGUUAUUGCUUUUUUUUAAGAGUUGUGUUAUGUCUGAAAAUAACUUUUAUUGCAAAUGCAUUAUCUGGAGAUUGCAGGGUGAAUUUCUCAGUGACAAACAUCACGUUUAACUGUGUAUAAGCUGUCAACAUUUAAUUCAGUUAACUUUUACACUAUGGGAACCUCAUUUGCCAGUAAAAAUAUAAUUGUUUUUUUACCCUUCUAUCUGGCAACAAAACUGACAUCUUUUUACAAGGAGUGCGCCUUUUGGCGUCAUCUGGUCCAACCCAUGUGAGACUAGGCUCUAAGGAAAGCUGUCUCGGGUGUGGACCAAUCAACUUCAAGGACAGUGCACAUUAUCAGAGUUAUGUCUUUUGUUUGUAUUAUGACUGCAGGUAUUGCGGUCUAUGCAAACAUGACUCCUUGUUAAAAGAUGUCAGUUUUUGCCAGAUAGAAGGGUAAAAAACCAAUUAUCAGUUAACUUUCUUUCUGAAGGUGAUGUUUUCCUUAAAAUUGUCUUCAAUACAACAAUCCCCUCGCCAACCGCGGGGGUUAGGUUCCUGGAAAAGGCCGUGGAAGGCACAUUCGCAGUUGGCAAAGCAGUCCAGUGCUUAUGGAAAAUAGGGGGUUAGAAGAACCAUGGCCACGGUCAGACUCGUCAAAGCUAAACUAAGGUGACCGUUUAAACAAAUAAAACAGUACAUCACAAAGUAAUAAACAUCAAAUUUACUUUACAUACCUUAAUACCGAGGGUAGAAGUCCAUGAUUUUGACAAUGAGAUGGGGGGGGGGGGGGGUUAGGAGAAGGGGUUCAGCCCACCCUUCCCCUCUUCCUCUGGGUCAUCAAUGACACGUGUGGGCAGGUCAGGGGGCAGGUACAGUGGCGCUGCUGGCUGGAUCAGUGGCGUUGGUUCUUUUCUUUAUAAAAAUGUCGGAUGAAUGGAUGGACCAACAGAAGCACAAGAUGCGGUGCGAGACUCGGAAAAACAGAUGGACAGCCGAUGCGCUACGCAGCACCACAGGUGGCGAAGAAGAAAACUGUGGCCCCACAAAAUCUGAAAAUGCGUGUUGUAAACCUGUGCUAACCUGUGGAUACUCAACAUUUCCGCGCCACCGUUGGUAAAAUUGUAUACAGUUAAACCUUGUGUACAUGAAGUCCGUUGUUGGGAAGGGAUUGCUGUAUUCAAAAAUUAGGGAUUUGCCAUGUUAUAGUUUGCACACAUUGGACUUACAAUCCAGAGGUGGUGGGCAUUUUGAUUCCUUCUUGCAGUGGAACCUUGGGCAAGAUUCUCAAAAACAAUAUCGCUGCAUGUCCACCAAGCCGUAUAAAAUGGGUACACAACACUCCAUUGGCAGGUUGCUUGUGUUGGUGUAGUCUGGGUACGCCCACCACUUUCAAUACGUCUGGUCAACUUGGAGUAGACAAUGCUCUCGAGUUUGCUCAAGAGGCCCAUCUGCCAGAAGUGGCGUGAGCAAGCGUUUGCGGCGUCGCAUCUUUAUCUUUGACUUUAACAAAUUACCCUGAAAGCUUUUAAAACCGAAAUAUUGUUUGUUUACACUUUUUAACAAAGCCAAUCGAAAGCCAUUUUAAAUAACCAAGUCAAAGUAAAAACAAAGAUUGGGCAGUGCUCCGCUUCCACUGGUAGCCGUGAGUCAGUGGUGUGCCCAAUUUAUUGUAGGCCAUGGACGAUUAACUAGGUGGAAGUUGCCCAAUUGCAAAGAGGUGCGCAUCUGUCCAUGUGUGUUCUCCAGGGCUGUGCUCCAUGGCCAGCUUCAUCAGCCCCCUCCCCCAUCGCCAGCCCUUGCACCCACCCUGCUUUGUAUAAUAUUUAGGUCACCCAUGCCAAUGGGCUGCAAUGUGGUACAACGUUAAUAUAGAAACAGGCAGAAAGGGUGCUAAAUUCAGGCGGCAUUGCUCAUCUGUAUACAAUCGGCAAUGAAUGUAAAUUUGCAAAUUAAGCUAAAUUUGUUGUACGUUUAUUCAGCCAAAUGGUUUGUGCUGUAGAGUUGUAAAAUUGUGGGUUAUUUUGUUGGAAAGAGAACCUAAGUCUACCACUUUUAACAUAACGGGUCUGUAAAAACCAAAAGUGAAAGGUAAACUGCAUACAAGGAGACUUUGCAAAACACCUGAUGGAUGAGUAUGCAUUAGGUUCAGUGGGAAGGGUCGUGGAUUUGAGUUAGGGCAAGUGUUUGGCUAAUUAUGCUUCCAAACUCUUGCCUUUACCACCCUUGCCAACUUCUCCUUUUUUCAGCUUGAUUUAUUUUCAUUGUUGGCAUUGGCAACACAAUUAAGGAAAACCACCGCUAUGAAUGACACAUUCCUUAUAAACUGUACAAAGGCCAGUUGUCAGUAAAAACUGAGUCACAUUUAUUUUUUAUUCAGACGCUACAAACUAAAUUGCAUUGGAGAUGCAAAGCGCAUAAAAAGGGAAUUUCUCAAAAACAAGAAUCAACUAAAAAGACAUUAAAACAAAGUGAAAAUAAACUCGCAAGAUUCUUUAAUUCGUGGCCAAUUCUCGAACGUCAGACAACCGUGACACUGCUACUGGUCUGCAGUCGAUGUAAUGAGCCACACACUGCAGUUUGCCUUUUACAAAUAAACAUUGACCACAGGGGGGGGCUUUCAACAGCCUGCUCAUUGCAUAAAAGCCAAGAUGUACACCUCCCAUGCUCAUUCAACUGCAACACAAUUAUCCAAUGCUCAUCAAUUGCAGGUUGAACAACUUAAGCCAGCGCUAAAAAAUAAACUUUUAAAGUAUAUUGUGAACGCAUUUCAAUUUGUGCACUUGUCAAAAAUGUCUCCAUGUCCAAACAAGCAAUGGUGCUGAACUGAUUUAGAGGCCCCAAGCCAGGUGGUACAAAUUCCAUAUUACCCUGGCAGGCCCAAUCUCAAGACCACUGCUGACAUCUCUCAACAGGGGUAUGGCUUGGCUGUAAACUUUCACUCAGCAGUUACUCCACGAGCCCAGACCAGUUAUUUCAGUUGUUGGUACCAUCCGAGGUGGCAUAGCUUUGUUACAAUUUCUUUGUGGCCAAUUAUAGUGAAUCUUGUAAUAACCAUUUGCCACGAGUGGGUUAUCAAGUAAUUAAUUCAAGGUAUUAACCAUAUAUAUAAAUCGGUAUUGCAAAAAGUUUUGCAACUUCAGUAGUACCAAUAUCUGUUCUGGCUCACGGACGAAGUGACACACUGAUCUCACCAGUUCAAACUCAGAAUGUCUUGUGGAGGAAUCCGAUGCUGCUCAAAAGGCUGUGCGCACGGCCGUUCACGUGUAACGUUUCACCUUUCGGUAAAUAAACACGAACUGUACAUACAUGA